UUGACAGCAGUUUUUUAGUUUUUUAUCCUGUAGAAUAGAAUGUGAAUCAAAAUGGCGCCUCUUUGAGUUAUAUAUUGAAGUAUUUUUCAUUUCUUAUCUGUUAAGACAGAAACAGUCCGUCAUUGUCACUCAUAAAUUUGUCAUGUUUGACACUCAUAUCAUACAUUAAAAGAUAUCUAUUUUCCUGCUGUAGUUGAUAUUUACGUUAUUGUAAGUAAAAAAUUCAAAUUGUUAAGACAAUUGAUUUACUUUAAUUACUUACAAUUAUAAAAAUUCUUAAAGAGCUGAUUUAUAAAAAUGGCACAGUGUCAUCCACUGGUAACUCGUUUAGUUGCUUCAUCAGUUACAGCAGCAACACAAGCAGGAAAAAUAAUUCGUGAAAUAUUCACGCAAGGGGAUUUAAAUAUUAUUGAUAAAGGAGUAAAUGAUUUGCAAACUGAAGCUGACCGCUCUGCACAAAGUUGUAUUAUAGAAUCGCUGAGCAGACAGUUUCCUGAUAUUACGAUAAUUGGAGAAGAAGGAACAUCCCAAUGUCAAGUCCCGCCAGAGUGGAUCGUCAAUGAUUUAGAUCCAGAUGUGAUGAAAGUUAAACUUCCUGAUUAUCUAGAAAAUGUUUCUCCAAAAGACGUAUGCGUUUGGGUUGAUCCUCUUGAUGGUACUUCUGAAUUCACUCAAGGAUUAGUAGACCACGUGACAGUGUUGGUUGGUGUAGCGGUUGGGAAAAAAACUGUUGGAGGUGUAAUUCAUCAGCCUUACUAUAAAGAUGUACAAAAAUCUUCACUAGGACGUACUUUGUGGGGUAUUGAUAAAGCCGGUAUUGGUGGUUUUAAGCCGAUUCCACCACCAUCUGGCAAACGAAUAAUCACUACUACACGAUCGCAUUCAAAUAAAACAGUUCAAGCAGCUUUAGACGCAAUGGAACCUGAUGAAAUUAUUCGAGUAGGAGGUGCUGGUCACAAAGUAAUGCUCCUGUUAGAAGGUAAAGCAAAUGCUUACGUAUUUGCAAGCUCAGGGUGUAAAAGAUGGGACACUUGUGCUCCAGAAGCAGUGUUAAACGCUGCAGGAGGUACUCUCACAGAUCUCAAUGGUGAUCAUUAUCCGUACAACGCUGAAACUGAACAUCCAAAUACUAAAGGAGUAUUGGCUACAGCUCCUGGUGAACAGCAUUCGUGGUAUCUAUCGCGCAUUCCCGAUCAAGUUAAACAAGAAUUAUAAUUAUAAUUUUAAUUGCAUUGAAAUAUUACAUGAAAUUAAUUAAACUGAAAUGAAGUAUUUUUUAUCAA